UACAGCAAGCGUGUGAGGAUCCCAUAACCGAAAGGUGGGGGAGAGCGAGGGAAUCGAAAUCAUCACACUUCAUUUCUCAAUUCUCAUCCCUCUCUUUCCGUUUUCGAUUCCAUCAUCCUCCUCCUCCGAUUUCAAUUCGCCAUCGUCGUCGAUUCACAAUUUCAGAUCAGAUUCACACGCACAUGCACUCAUCAGAUUCACAGUUUCUGCUUUAAGAUCUGAUCCGAAUUUGCAACUGAUUCAUGCUCUAAUCGUACUUGUGGCACUGUGUCCGUAUCCCUCUGCCGAAUCGGAAGAUGGGAUUAGUGUUUACCAGAUUGUUUUCCUCCGUUUUCGGUAACAAGGAAGCUCGAAUCCUCGUUCUCGGCCUCGACAAUGCCGGCAAAACCACCAUUCUCUAUCGGCUCCAGAUGGGUGAAGUUGUCUCCACCAUUCCAACAAUUGGGUUUAAUGUUGAAACAGUGCAAUAUAACAACAUUAAAUUUCAAGUCUGGGAUUUAGGUGGGCAAACAAGUAUCAGGCCAUACUGGAGGUGUUACUUUCCAAAUACUCAAGCAAUAAUCUAUGUUGUCGAUUCAAGUGACACUGAUAGGCUUGUGAUAGCUAAGGAGGAGUUCCAUGCAAUUCUGGAGGAGGAAGAACUAAAAGGUGCAGUUGUUCUCAUUUUUGCAAACAAACAGGACCUUCCUGGUGCCCUUGAUGAUGCUGCAGUGACGGAGGCUCUCGAGUUACACAAGAUUAAGAAUCGCCAAUGGUCAAUUUUUAAAACUUCUGCAAUAAAAGGCGAAGGGCUUUUUGAGGGCCUGGACUGGUUGAGCAAUACACUCAAAUCCGGAGGCGGCUAAUGGUGUCAGCUUUAACGAAUUAGAUGCUUAGAUUGAUUGGUGAAUUCAGAAGGAAGGUUGACAUGUGUAUUUUGGUAUCACUUUCACUAUGAAUGGUGUUAUAAUAUGAUAUUAUUUUUCAUACUCAGGCAUUUAUUCCGGUUUUUGUGUUUAAAGAUUAAUGAUUUGAAUGCUGUUCAAUGGUUUUUGUUGUCUUACUCAGAACAAUUCAGAUCAAAUUACGUCCAAUCUUAUUUCUGCUUAUAA